GCAAAGCUCAACCCAAAAGCAACACAGAAGAGGGAGAAAGCCCAAGCCCAUCCCACCAACCGUUAUGCGUGAGCUCAGUGCGGUGCAGAGCAGUCCAAAGGGUGAGAAAGGCAGAGCAGCACAGAGCAAUGCCGUGCAAAAGCGGCACAGAAGAGGGAGCAAGCCCAAAUUUAUGCCGCCAAUCAGUAUGCAUGAGCUCAGCAGGACAAGGCACGCCAGGGAAGAGCAGGGCAGGGAAGAGUGUUGCAGUGCUGUGCAGAACGGUGCAUUGCGGUGAAGAGGGUGAAGAGGGCAACACACCGAUUGUGGAGGAGAUGGGCCAGAAGCACCCACUUAUGGACGG